UUUUAUGACAAUCUAAUAAAUACUCUCGACUGUUAAUUUGAUAACAAUGUUGCUUUAGACAUGAAGGUCCUCGUGGCUUUGGCUGGAUUUAUAGCGCUGUGCUCGUGUAGUGCAAUCCCCCAGGUUCCUGGUGACAACAGUCACUAUGUAGAAGGUGUGAGUCGCUUCAUCUGGAUGCCAGAUGGUGACGGCGUGCCGCAUCUUGUAGACUUGGAAGAACGCGUGGACCACAGCGUACUAAAUUCCAGAAAUGGCGCUAAUAACCAAUACUUUUUAUUCACAAGACAAAACGCGAACUCUCCACAAAUCAUCAUCAAUGGCGACGUCAACUCUGUAAAGAACUCGAACUAUCGCGCUAACCGUCCCACCAAAGUCAUUGUCCAUGGAUGGAACAGCGAUAGAAACUCUAAAGUUAACACAGAGAUCACGUCAGCCUUCCUCGCUGUUGAAGAUGUGAACGUAAUCGUAGUGGAGUGGCGUCGCCUGGCCAAUUCCAACUACAUCAGCGCUUCCAAUGGUGUUCCCGGUGUUGGGCAAUUUCUCGGUGACUUCUUAAUUUGGCUUUUCAACACCAAUGGCGGCAACUGGAAUCAGCUUCAUUUAAUUGGAUUCAGUUUGGGAGCUCACGUUGUAGGAAACGCCGGCCGUGUUGCUGGCGGUAGACCUGCCCGCGUCACUGGUCUUGACCCAGCUGGCCCCAGGUGGGGAGGAAACAACCAGGCUCUGAACAGUAAUUCCGGACAAUAUGUUGAAGCUAUCCAUACUGAUGGAGGUAUAUUAGGCAUUUUCGACCAAAUCGCAGACGCUGACUUCUACCCGAAUGGAGGCAGAAAUCGACAACCUGGUUGCUGGAUCAGCACAUGCUCACACAGUCGUGCUUACGAGUUAUUUGCUUCAAGUGUACACACUAACCACUUCCUAGCAAGAAAGUGCAAUGACAUCAAUGAAGCGAGAAACAACAAAUGUAGUGGGCCAUCUCUACAUAUGGGUAAUAACAACCUCAAUAAACGCGGGACCGGUAUUUACGGUUUGACAACUGGCAGAUAUUGGCCUUUCUGAACAACUGAUAAUAUUCAACCGAAUAAAUUACUUUUUUUAUAUUUUA